AUGAAGCUGGUCUACAGACACAAGCUACAGUUAGCUGGACUGCUGUUGUCUGUACUAGGAUGGAUUUUAACUGGUACCUGUAACUAUUUACCAGACUGGAAAAACUUCAACUUAGAUUUAAAUGUACUGGAGCUCUGGACCAUGGGACUCUGGCAAACCUGUAUAGUCCAAGAUGUAGGUGGAACACAGUGUAAAGACUUCGAUUCUUUCCUAGCUUUGCCUCUAGAAUUCAGGAUUUCCAGGAUUUUAUUAUCUACGUCAAAUGGAUUAGGACUUUUGAGCCUUGUCAUCUCUAGUCUUGGUUUGGACUGCUUAAAGAUGGAGCACACAGGGCAGAAGCUAAAGAAACAGUUGUUGCUACUUGGAGGAAUACUCCUGUGGAUGGCUGGAGUUCUGGCCUUAGUCCCUGUUUCUUGGGUUACCCAUACUAUAAUCCAGGAAUUUUGGGAUGAAGAUGUGCCAGAGAUUGUGCCCAGAUGGGAAAUGGGAGAUGCACUGUUCAGUGGCUGGUUUGGUGGAUUUUUUAUAAUUCUAGGGGCAUCUCUUCUCCUCUCCACAAUCUGCUUAUCAGCUGACCACCAACUACCAGAGCAAUAUGCAAUGACAGAUAUGCAAGACACCCACCGACAUCUGGACACUGGAAAUGGAAGACUUUAAAAGGGGAGAUAUCAGGUUUUCAGAUUUCUUCCUGCAUUACAGUAAGAAAGGUCUGCUGAACAGACAGAUUACUGUUUACAAGAUGAGGAGAAGAGGUUGUUUCUCACUAAGUAGUUGCUUCAAUCCCUACUUAUCCUCAAUUUUAAUUGUGUUAAUUGAUGAAUUAUGAGUGAUCUAACUCACCUCUGUAUUCCUCCAGUAUCUGAUCAAUUGAAGAUCUUUUCUGGUAGUUUUGCAUGGUUUUUUUUUUAGUAUAAGCAAGUACAGAAUGGUUAUUCUCUAGGCAAGCACGGAGAAUUGACCAUAUUUUAAAUGGGCUGUUUUAAAAAACUAGUAUUUUUGUAAAAAAAGACAUUGAAGUCCUGAAAUAGUUUGUAGAGCUAGUUCAACAUGCAUUACAAAAAUCCAAUGCAGUACAGCCUAGAAUAAUGCUCCCUGGACUUGCAUAAUUUGCAGUAAACUAAAUGUUCUCAGUCUCUUGUAAUACAAGGUGCAGUUUUUACUGAAAUGUGUAAAACUAAGAAUCAGUUUCUAUAUAACAUCCUAAGACUUGUCAGUGAUUGUUGGGAACUUCCUAGCAAGGGCAGUGGUUUUAUGUUGACAGAGCUGUAGCAGCCACCUGUUUCUGCAAAAAGCAUAUAAAGACACUAGA